CAUCACCAUCAUGUUUAUAUUUUGCUGAUGUGAGUGACUGUGGAGGGGAAAUCCCGACGGUUAUCAUGAGGGGGCGUGGCUACCGGCUGUGUGUGCGCGUGUGUGUCAGAGUGUGUGUGUAGCUCGUGCAGUCUUCAGAGCGAAGUUGGAGCUGCUUCACGAGCAUCGUGAGCAGCACCUUAUGUACCUCCGCUGUGUGUGUGUGUGUGUGUGUGUGUGUGUGUGUGUGUGUCACUGAGCGGAGCGCGGAUGAAUCGAUCAUCGGCUCAGUGAUCGAUUAAUCAGCAGGAUUUAAUUUUCAUCUGUUGACUUUUGGAAGGAUCAAACAUUCUUUAUUUUUCUGUUGGAGGGAUUCCUCCAGAACAUUUCUCUGGGAUUAAACAUCCAUUUACACGCCUCCUGCUGACGUCAUCAGGAGCUGUACUCCUAUUGGAGUGUCUCUAAGGAUCAGUGAUGUGCGCCCUCAGCUCUCUCUGUGCUCUGUAUUUGUGGCAGUGACAGCCUGCGGCCUGUAGGGGGCGAUGUCUGCCCUCUAUAACAGCCGGGACAUCGUGGAGGACUUCCUGCGUCACAGGCUGCAGCAGGACGGGCGAGUUACGCUCCCGCCGCGACGACAUCACGCCGCUUUGAGGUCGACUUCGACAUCGUCACUGACAUGGAGAGCUGUUCGAGUGAUGACAUCACAGCGAGACUCUCACCCAGACCUCACGGCCGUCCUGCGGAGUGCCUGCGACGAUCUAGCACACCGUUACCAUGGCGACCUGGCGGCCAACCUAUCGGCACUGUUGCAGCGAGACGGCGUUGAGGCGGCAGGGCUCGGGGGUCUGACGGCGGUGAGGGAGGAGCUGUUCAGAGACGGGGUGAACUGGGGACGUAUCGUGGCCAUGAUGGAGGUAGGCGGAGCCGUGUGCUCUGAGGCGGUGAAGACGGGCGGGGCCCGGCAGGUGGAGGUGAUCGCCGGCUGGAUGGAAGAGGGUCUGGACUCUCUCCAGGGAUGGAUAGACGAUAACGGAGGAUGGGUAGGAUGCCUUUGUGGAGUUGUACGGUGAGUCCAGACCUGCAGUGACACUCUGGUCUCUGAGGACUCUGUUUGGACUGGCUGUACUGGGAGCAGCUGGGAUCACACUGGCAGCACUGUUCAAACAUUAACUGUGAACGUUCGGCUUUAAAGACACAAAAGGAACCCAACUGAUUCAUACUUCAUGAUAAACCCUCAAAGUUGUAUGUAUAUAGCAUGUAUAAAGGGAACAAGAGAGGACCCAGACCGUAGCCCUGGGGGACUCCCCAAAAGAGAGUAACAGGAGAGGAGGCUGAUGCAAAGCAGACCUUUGUUGUUUUGAGAUAUUUUUAUGAACAUGUAUUUUUUUAUUAUAUCAUAAAGUAAACAUUGUUAUUGAAAGAA